GUGACUGACCGCAUGCCGUGUGAAGAGGUUCCAGUUUGUUAGUCCAAAACCGUAAAUACUGCUUCAUGUUUUCGUACAAAUUUGUUUAGUGUGGGACGUCCCUUAAAUUAGUGUUUAAUACGAAUGGUGCAUUGAUUGAGAGGAUAAGUUUCUGUGACUCAUACAAUACUGAAUUUUGUUUAAUUAUUCAAUUUUGUGAAUUUAUUUUAAAUAAGUUAAACAUUUUGAUACAUUGUGAUGUGACCUAAGCAUCAAACUUAUCAAUACACGCGCUCUCUUCUUAUUAGUUUCACCUCGUUUGUGUUCAUCCAGCUGUGGACACAUAUUAGACCUUUGCUUCUCUCUCACACUCUCCUGCUGUCUAUCAUACGUAGACAAUUGUUAUCGCUCUCGCUUGCUAUAGCUGAUGUCAAAUGCUAGCAAGAAUGUUUGCAACUUUGCACCGGUGACUCAUCGCCACAGAACGUCUGUGUGUUCCCGAACAUGUGUGUCGUGCUAUUCUCUCGCCGCUAUUUGGUUGUCGUUGGUUCUGUGUUUAGUGUAAAAAUUUGCUCGCAACAAUAACGUACCCGAUUCACGUUUCCGGAAGUUGGUGUUGUUAUGCAUAGUGUAAAUGAAGCUUAAAAUAUAAGCCAUUAACAUCGAGAAGUAUACAAAAAAAUAAACCACGCUUAAUACAGUGGCAACGCACUAAUUGCAAUGCAUUGUGCUGUGAUAAGAGUUCUGAUUGCCCAAUUGAAAAGCAGACACCAUUCAAUGUUUUGAGUAACCGGCCGGCGUGUUAAAUACUACUGGAGAAUUGUUUUCACUGAGGCAAGACACGGCCAGAGAAAAUGUCCCGCACCGACUAUGUGAUUGUAAAGACCAAAUCCUACAUCCUUAGGAUGAAUCGGGAGGAAAAUCUGUGCUGGUUUCAUGGCAAAAUCUCGCGUGAAGAUGCGGAAGAGAUUUUGCGACGGGAGGGCAGCGAUGGUGUGUUUCUGGUGCGCGAAAGUUCCUCCUCCGAGGGAGACUACGUGCUGUCGGUGCUGUUCAAGGGCGAGGUAGUACAUUACGCCAUCCGACGCCACGGGGACGAUGCGUUCUUUUCCAUCCAUGAUCACACACCGAUCCAUGGGCUCGAUUCGCUGAUCGAGCACUACCAGAAGGAUAAGGGCAAUCUGGUGACCCGGCUGCAGGUAAUAUGCCGAAGCGAUCCACCGCCGCACGACGUGCGCAGCCACGGCACCACGAACCUGCUGCACCGAGCGACGAAGGAAAGCAACUACACGGUCGUGUCGGAGCUGCUCAAGUGUGGGUACCGGAACAUUGACUCCAAAAAUCAGGACGGCCAAACGGCGGUCCACCUGGCCUGUUUGCACGCGGACGACAAGAUUCUGCUGAAGCUGAUCGAGCGCGGCGCAAACAUUAACAGUCGCGAUGCCAAAGGCAACACACCUCUGCAUUACGCUUGCGCGAAGCGGAAUGGGUUGGAGAUGGUGCGAAUGCUGAUUAAAGCAGCAGCCAGCCUGCAAGCACGGAACAGCGAAACCGGUUGGGUGCCACUGCACGAAGCUGCCGACAAUGGCAACAUCGAAGCCAUUCAGGAGCUGCUAAGCCAUCGCGUACCGCACCGACCACGCACCAACUUUGGCGAAAUGCCAUCGGAUCUGGCUCGCCUUCGCGGCCACUACCAGGUGGUCGAGUUCCUGAACGCAUACGAACCGCAGCGACCGCUGACGCACCGGGACCUCUGGUAUCAUGGCACGCUUGAGCGUACGGCGGCUGUCGACUACCUGAAAGACUUUGCCGUCAAGUUGCUGCCCAAUCUGGCGCAUAGACAGCAGCAGCAGCAACCGGACCGCGACGGCAACAAAGAGAACGGCGAGUGUCUGGAUGGGCUGGAGCAGUCCACCUCGGGCACGUAUCUGGUGCGCUACUCGGCCAAACAGAACGUCGACGUGCUGACGAUGCUGUACGACAACGAGCCGAAACAUUUCAUCAUCCAGCGACAGCAGGACUGGCUGUACAUUGACGAAGGCCCGUACAUGAACUCGCUCGAGCAUCUGAUCGAGCAUUAUACGCGCUUUUCGGACGGUUUGCCAAUCAAUCUGCGCUUUCCCGUUACGCCUGGACCAAAGCCCCCGAUACCGGCGUUCGCAACGAUACCGAAAUCGAAACAUCGAAUGCAUCGUACCGAUGGUACGACGGCCGCGCUUCCAUCGUACGGCGGCUCGGCUCAUCACAGCACGAACGGCAGCGGGUCCCUGCUGACGGCCGGGCUCACUAGCAUGUUUCGCAAGUCUAGUGAAAAUCCUACCACAGCCACAGCCACCCUUCCAUCGAAGGGAAUGCCCUCAAGGAACCUUUCCGUGCCGAACGAUGCAAUGCUGCAGAUGAACCGGGUAGGUUUGUUCGAUCGCAGCCCCGAGCGGUGUGCACCCGAAACGCCGCGACGCAAUUCGAAAGGACCAACGUCGCCCAACACCCCGGACGAGCCUAAAACUAAACCGAGCGGCAGUAACGCCUCGCCGACUCUCAAGAAAACGCUCAUGGACGGGAUGAAGAGCUUGCGCAAGAGCAAACAGAAGCUGAAACCGGCUGCCGCCGAUCCGGACGGUGGGUCAGGCACUGAAACCAACUCUUCCUCUGCCUCGCUAAACGUGUCUUCGAUCGAGCCCACCGUGAGUCCUUCGAAGUUGCUGCAGCAGUUGAAGUUUUCCUCCGACUUUAACCUCGUCGCGAGCUGUGCGGCGGCCGAUGAUAUCUACAAAAUCCCUACCAACAACUGUGCCAUCGUCGAUAUCGACAUCGGUGAGCCACCGGUCGUUGUCGUACCCGCACUGUCCACGUCACCCCCGGUGGCUGGCCUGCAGGAUGAUUCGGAACUGCCACCAGCGAUCCCGCCCAAGCUGUCGGCGCCCUUGCUCGAUUCCGUAAACAACAACAACAACAACGAAUCCGCCACACUGGACUAUUUCACCCAAAGCGACGAUCCACUGCGGUCCGACACGCUGCCGGACGAUGCAGGUGAGGACAUUUAUUUUGUGGAAGCACCCAUUCCACCACCAGCGCGGGCGUGCCUUGAAGCUGCAGCCACCGCUGGUGGUGCCAGCCUGCUCAACAACAACACAGUGACGCCAGACGAUCCGGCCGCUAUCCAACCCGCACGCAACGCGCCAACCAACUACAUCAUGACUAAAACGGUACCCAUCUUCAGCAGCGUCUCGGUGGAAGAAUGUCAAACACCGACCAGCCCAACCUGCGGUGGCCAGAUGCGUGCGAGCAAGCUGUUCGAACGGCUCGACUCGAACCAGUCGUCCUUCAGCCGGGCUAGCGUGCUCAGUGGCGAGAGUGUGUUUUUCGCCAUGUUUCAACAGCAACAGUCGUCGAACACGGCCGCACAACCCGAGGGACCGAAUUACUUCAUACCGAAGGAAUGCAUCCAUGCCGAGACGGUGCUCGGGCGCGGUGAAUUCGGGUUCGUUUAUCAAGGCUUCCUAGACCCGUGGCCAGUCGAUAUCGCCGGAGGCGGCUACCAGAGCGGCGGAGUGGCGCACAAAACCUCCCCGCCUGUGAUGAUGGGACGUGUCCCGGUGGCAAUCAAGAAGGUGAUGGACAGCCAGGAGCGGCGCGAUCGGACCGAUUUCCUGCGCGAAGCUAGCGUGAUGAUACGGUUGCACCACAACUGUAUCGUGCGGCUGAUCGGCAUCUGCAAGGGGCCGCCAUUGAUUAUGGUACAGGAGCUGAUUUCGCUCGGCUCGAUGCUGGUGUACAUUACGAAAAACAAGGCUACGAUCAAUCCUAAGCAAGAGAUGAUGAUUUGGGCAGCACAGAUUGCCAGUGGCAUGCAAUACCUGGAGGAGAAACACUUCGUCCAUCGAGAUUUGGCGGCCCGCAAUAUUUUGCUGGCAAACAAGUAUCAAGCCAAAAUAUCGGACUUUGGACUAUCACGUGCAAUCGGUGCCGGUCAGGAGUAUUAUCGCGCUAGUCAGGGCGGCAAAUGGCCCAUUAAAUGGUAUGCCCCCGAGAGUUUCAACUACGGCACAUUCUCGCAUGCCAGCGACGUGUGGUCGUUCGGAGUUACGCUGUGGGAAAUGUUUUCCUACGGUGCGCCACCCUACCACGACAUGAAGGGGGCCGAGGUGAUCAAGCUGAUCGAGGAAGAUCAGCGACUGUCCCGGCCGGAGGCCUGUCCGGACAAGGUGUUCGAGGUGAUGCGCAACUGCUGGCAGUACAAUCCCAAGCAGCGCCCGACCUUCCGCUUCCUGCAUCGCUUCUUCUCCGACGACAUCGAGUACCAAAAUCUGCAGGAACUGGUUGGGACGGGUGUUGAGAUCAAUGCCAACGCUACGACACUGACGCAUGCUGGCGGCAGCAGCAGCAGCAACAGCAACAACACAGCGACUAUUACGACGGUAGAACCGACCGUUCCGGCAGUAGCAAGCGACAGUGACGUCGGUGUGCCCUACUGAAAAGUGCACAACUACCGGCGUGCGGGUGGAAUGACAUGUCUAUUCAAUUAUCCGUAUUACUCUUCCGCAAAGAGCUUCUGUAAGGACUUGUUUAGGUUUAGGGUUGCACUGUUAGACGAUCUAUAUCUAUAGUAUUGGCAAGUUUCUUGCAGGGUUUUGUUUUUCUUUUCUUUUUUUGGCACUGCUCCUUUAAUAAUCGAUUACGCUCGCGCCUUUUAUUUGGCCCCCCAUUUCUCCUAUAAUUUAUACAACAGCUAUUUAUUCUCUUGCGAUCAUUCCUCUUUCUAUACCUGUUUUUUAAAACAUGUUUUACUUAUUAUGAUGCACCGUUUCCCCGACUCAGAUUGGCACACGAAUUGCAGUGCUGCAGAUUUAACAAACGCGAAUAGAAGUAUUUAUUUAGGAUCGCAUGCACAAGUGUUCUAAACACAUUUGCCCAUAGCACAAUGAGUUUAGUCAAAACAGUUGCUUUUCAUAGUCUUUUGUACGGAGACCACUAUUUCGGCUUAUUUUUUAUCCAUAUCUUAGAGACGGAUUCAAAACAUAUCUAUUUGCCAUUGGAAAAAUGUGGAUGAAGGGUCGUGAAGUACACGCCAGAGUCCGUUAGAGGUAUAGAGGUGCAGCAAGCAAAGGGUAAAGCAAGAUAAAGCUCCGUGUCAUAAUGCAAACCCCGGGUGCCAUGCUCAUUAUGAUGGUAUUUCAGGCAAGUUGCUAAUUAUUAAACAGCCGCUCUGUUUACGACACUGAAAGAAACGUGCACAUUUAACUAUUAUUAUCUUAUUCGCGUAUUGUGUUAACCAGCGGUGCUAGUCCUUCAAGGGGAUAGUCCACUUGAACAAAGGCGGAGGGGAAAAUGCAAAAAAUAAUUCCUUGUUAUUGAAUUUUGUAUUAACAUUACUCUCUUGAUAUGUUAUUAAAUAGUGAACCAUAAGAUCCCGCUGAGGCGAAAUUAUUGCUACGUAAAUUCGAAAUAACUCACUAACCAUUGGCCAUACAACGUAGAGCACUAUUUAACGUAUAAAUACAAAGCCGCAACAAAAUUAAACCGUCCGCUCGAGAGCGAUCGUAUUACUACAAUACCCAUACAGGUUGGCUGGCAAGUGGGGUACGUAAAUGCGCGUGUACAUAAAAUGUCCUCCAGUCACCACACUUCGCUUAACAAAUCGCAAAGUGCACAAAAAGAAAGGAAGAUAAAUUUUAACUGGUACUAAAUACAAUGUAAACAGAUGUAUGCAAUGAACUGUAAUUUAAAACAGACGUCGUUCGUUCACUCUGAGCCGUAUUCAUAAAAAAUAAAAAGAUGGUUAAAAGGUA